AUGGCCGUAGGCCUCGCAGAAGCUGGUGCAGACAUUAUACUGGUCCAAACACGAGACGAGAUACUGCAAAAGACGGCAGGCAAGUCAAAAGUGACCAUCCAUGCCGCUGAGUUGUCCGACCGCACUGCGGCGAAGGCAAUAGUCUCCAGCGUGACUGCGGAUGGCACAGUUGUUGAUAUCCUGCUAAAUUGCGCUGGCAUCCAGCGGCGACACCCGAGCGAGGCGUUCCCAGACCAGGACUGGGAUGAGCGGCUGGGCAAAAAUGAGGGAAAAAAAAAGGUCUUGCAAGUGAAUCUAUCGGCAGUUUUCACGCUCUGCCGCGAGUUUGGGGCCUACCUGCUCUCUCGCGGUGCGUCGGGAUCAAUCAUCAACAUGGGCUCUCUGCUCUCGUACCAAGGGGGAAUCACUGUCCCGGCCUACGCAGCGUCCAAGGGCGGCAUCGCCCAGCUCACCAAGGCCCUCUCGAACGAGUGGGCGGCGAAGGGCAUCCGAGUCAACGCUAUCGCACCAGGAUAUAUCGACACGGACAUGAAUACCGCGCUGAUCCAGGAUCCGGUGCGGAGCGAGUCGAUUUCGGCUAGGAUUCCGGCCGGACGGUGGGGGAAACCGGAAGAUUUCAAGGGAAUUGCCGUGUUUCUCGCCAGCGAUGCCAGCGCUUAUGUCUCGGGAGAAAUGGUCAACGUCGACGGCGGUUGGAUGGGCAGGUAG